CCCAUAUACACUCGGGAGAGGCGAAGGUCGAGAGCCGUGCGUCCUCCGACACAACCCAACCAAGCUGCACUGCUUCUUGACACAAUGCCCACUUAAUCCGGAAACCAGCCGCGCCAAUGUGUUGUAGGACUGUGCACUGCACCCAUCCCACCACAGGAGUCACUAGUGCACGAUGGGACAAGGAUAUCCCUGCCAGCCAAACCCUCCCCUAACCCGGACAACUUGUGUGCAGCCCCAUGGGUCUCCCGGUUGCGGCCGGCUGCGACAGAGCCUGGACUCGAACCCAGAAUCUCUGGUUGCACAGCUUGCACAGUUAGCACUGCGACACAGUGCCUUAGACCACUGCGCCACUCGGGAGGCCUGACUGGAUUAUAAAUAGUAGGUUAUCAGACUUGCAAAAGUGAUCGGAUUUCAAUAUCUGUUGUUAAAUUGUGUGAACUUUUUUUGGAUUAUUCAUGGGACUAAUAUUGUGCGUUUCACAGUAAAUGGAAAGAUACCAUAUUCUGUUGACUACCCAACAGCCCAUGUAUUUUGGCCUGAGGCGUUUCACUGGUCACCGGUAUGAGUCCAGCUCAUAGUCCGCGUGUGUCAGGUGAUUACCACGAGACCAUGAUCUUAAUCCUUUCUGACCAUACUUAUAGAGGGCACAUGCAUUGGAGGCUUUUCUAACGUUCCUGAGACUGACUGGAUCACAGUGUACUUUCUCUCAGGCUGUCCCUCAUGAAAUUACAUUUAUGACUGGAGCCAAAUGUUGAAUACACAACUGAGGAGCGUUGCAAAUGUGAUUCCAUACCCUUUAGGGGAAAAUAAUUGAGCACGUCAUUGCUGUGUGCUGGUGUACAAACUGGUUUGUGAGUGGCCAGAAGAGGACAAGAGGUAUUGAAGAUGAUCAAGGCGCUGUUGCUAGGUUUGGUUUGUUUUGUGACAUGGCCCGAUUCUACAGAGGCUCAGUUUCCUCGAGUCUGCAGCACGGUGGAGGGGAUCGUCUCAAAGCAGUGCUGCCCUGCUCUCGGCUCUGAUCCUGCUAAUGUCUGUGGCACUUUAUCUGGACGAGGAAACUGCUCCGACAUCAGAGUCAGUACCAAACCCUGGGGCGGACCGUAUAGGUUGAGAAAUGUUGAUGAUCGAGAAAGGUGGCCUAUCAAAUUCUUCAAUCGGACAUGCAGGUGCUUUGGUAACUUUGGUGGCUUCGACUGUGGCCAGUGUAAGUUUGGCUGGACAGGACCAAACUGUGACGUACGUAAAGCCCCGGUGGUGAGGAAGAACAUCCACUCUCUGACUCCAGCUGAGCUUCAGGAGUUUCUGGAUGUGUUGGACCGGGCCAAGAAGACCACCCACCCAGACUAUGUCAUUGCCACACAGCACUGGCUGGGCCUGCUGGGGCCCAAUGGAACCCAGCCCCAGUUCUCCAACAUCUCAAUCUACGACUUCUUUGUGUGGCAGCAUUACUACUCUGUCAGAGACACACUUCUAGGUCCAGGUCGUCCUUUCAAGGCGAUUGACUUCUCCCACAAAGGACCAGCCUUCGUCACCUGGCACAGAUACCACCUACUCAGUCUGGAGAGAGACCUGCAGAGACUGACUGGCAAUGAGAACUUUGCUGUUCCAUACUGGAACUUUGCCACAGGGCAGACUGAGUGUGACGUCUGCACAGACUCUCUGCUGGGGGGACGCAACCCAGACAACCCCUCCCUCAUCAGUAACCAGUCCAGGUUCUCCAAUUGGGGGGUGGUGUGCGACAGCCUGGAUGAAUAUAACCGCCUGGUCACUCUCUGUAAUGGGACCAGUGAGGGGAGCAUUAGGAGAGGUCAACUGGGUGGCGCGAGGUCCGACAUGAGUCUGCCCACCAUGAAUGAUGUCAGGAGCUGUUUAAACAUCAGAGACUUUGACAACGCCCCCUUCUACACUAACUCUACCUUCAGCUUCAGGAAUUCUCUUGAAGGCUAUGACAAGCCAGAUGGCGAGGCAGAGCUUGACUCCUCAGUGGACAACCUGCACAACCUGGUCCACUCCUUCCUCAAUGGAACCAGUGCUCUGUCUCACUCUGCAGCCAAUGACCCCAUCUUUCUAGUGCUCCAUGCUUUCACUGAUGCCAUUUUUGAUGAGUGGAUGAGGAAAUCUGUUCCACCAAACUCCAGUUUCCCCGAUGAGAUGGCCCCCAUUGGUCACAACAGAGAUUACAACAUGGUGCCAUUCUUCCCUCCUGUGACCAAUGAAGAGAUUUACGUUGCGUCUGACCAGCUGGGAUAUUCUUAUGCCAUCGCACUGGAUGCUUCGGACAGUGGAUUUGUGUUUGUGCUGGGGUCCACUCUGGGCGGUGUUUUCCUGGGUCUCCUGGUUCUUCUACUUGUCUUGGUCCUCUACUUGCAGCAGCGCAGGAAACGUGGCUUUGAACCCCUUAUCAAUGCACAGUUCACCAACAAAAAGUACACAGAGGAAGCCUAAACAGUAUGUACUGU